AUGACUGCCCGUGGCAUCGGCGUCUUCACCAUCGACUUCCCCGACCCCGCCAAGAUCGACUACGUGAACAACCAGUUCAACACGCUCAACGACUCCAUCGCCUUCCAGUACAACGGCCUCACCAACAUCCAGACCCUCUCCACAAAGGGCGUCGACUCGGGCUCCGAUCCCUUUGGCAUCCUCUACCUGCCCGACCUCUCCUCCCACGCCUGCAAGACCGACGAGGCCCAACAUGUACCCGCAAACGCAACACGCAUCGCCCACCUGCCCGCAGACCGAAACUACGCCCUCGUCGCCUUCGCCCCCUGGUACUCGGCCCAGUGCACCCUCGAGUACUUCGCCGCCGCCCGCCAGCACCCCGCCACCAGAGCCUUCCUCACCUAUCUGCCCGCCAACGGCAACGCCCAGCCCCCCGUCCUGAACAACCCGGCCUGGGACCUGCAGGAUGGCGGCAUGUGGCAGCAGCAGAACACCUUCCCCACCUACGCCCUGUCCUCGACGAGCGCCGACAUCGUCAUGCACCAGCUGAGCCUCUACUCCGGCAACCUCUCCACCGUGCCCCACGGCGACGACCUGGCCCGCGUGUACAACAGCUCAGACUACGUCCGCCUGUGGGCCACCGUCAGCACAGAGGCCGCUGGCCGUCUCCCGAGCCUGUGGGUUUUCUUGGUCAUCGUCCUGGCCAUCCUCAUUGCCGCCAUCGCUGCCACUUCGCUGUGCAUGCACAUCCUCCAGCGCCGACGCCGCAACGCCCUGCGCCAACGCGUGCUGAACGGAGAGAUCGACCUCGAGGCCCUCGGCGUCAAGCGCCUCACCGUCCCUCAAGAAACGCUCGACGAGCUCCCCAUCGUCACCUACACCCCCGCAUCCGACGACGCCGCCGAGAAGCCGCCCCAGGCCCCGCCUGCCCUCCCCCUCGCGCCCGGCCUCGAUGCUGACGCCGGAUCCAAGACGGCCCCGACCGCCCGCCGCCUCUCUGCCCCGACCGCCUCGACCACCGACAACAGCACCUUCUCCCAGCCCACUUGUCCCAUCUGCAUCGACGACUUCGAGCCCAACAAAACCCAGGUCCGCCAACUCCCCUGCCGCCACAUCUUCCACCCAGACUGCAUCGACACCUUCCUGCUCCGCAACUCGUCCCUGUGCCCCAUGUGCAAGCAGAGCGUCCUUCCCUCUGGCGCCUGCCCGGUCCCCAUCACCAACCUCAUGGUGCGGCGCGAACGCCACAUUGCUCAUGUGCGGUCGCGCGCCGCUUGGUCAGCUGCCAAUGAGGGGGUCGCCCCGCCCGUGGCCGUCACACUGACCGAGCACGCUCGUCGCGUGCCACGCGCUUUUGGGUCAUGGGGGCGAGCCGCAGCCGGGCGGCGCAUCUUCAGCGCACCAGCACCGACGCAGCCCACGCCGGCAGACAUGGAGAUGGGCGCUACCAACACGGCAGGACUGCAGCCUGCACCGCCGCAACCACACCCACACCCACAAUCCCAACCACAACCACAAUCCCAACCACAACCACAAUCCCAACCACAGCCAGCACACCUGCAGCCCAACGCGCUCGACUGCGAACCCCCCGCUCCGUCUACGCAAAACCGCAGCGAAUGGGCCCGCCAGCGCGCCCUGCACCUGCUGGGCAACCGACACCCAGUCCCAGACGACGACGACGUCGGGCACGAGGAAGCCACACGUCCGAAAUGGCGUCGUGCGCUGAACAAGGUGUUUCCCGGCUUCCGCUAG